CACGUGCUCCCGGCGGCCGGGCGACUCCUCUCAUCGAGUUCCCCAUCCACGCCCACCUCCGGCCACCACCAUGUACCGCCGCCGCGUCCUCGCCUUCGCCCGCCGCCGGCGCCGCUGGCUCCUAUGGGCCGGCGCCUCCGCGGGGUGCUACCUGAUCUACCGCCACCCGGCCGUGGCGUCCCGCCGCCGCCGCCUCGUGCGCAUCGCCUCCGCGUUGGCCUCCCUCGCGGACGCCGCCGCCGCGGUGGCGUCCGACCUCGCAGCCUUCCUCAGCUCCGACUCCGACGCGGUUCCUCAGACUCUGAAGCAGAUCUCCAAGCUCGCCGCCUCGCCCGAGGCCUCCGCGUCCGCGUCCGCGCUGUCCGGGGCGCUCGCCGCCGGCGUGCUCUGCGGCUACUACGCCGGCACGCUAGGCUCCGGUGCCUCCCCGGGAGGCGAAGUGGCGCUAUCGGACCGCGUGCUGGACAGGGUGCUCUCCCCCGACGGGGAGCGCCUCGCGUCCGCCGUCGCCGGCAGCUUCGGGCGCCACCUCGUGCUCGCCUUCUACUCGGCCCCGUCGCAGCCUUCGACAACGGACGCCUCGCCGGAGAGCUGGGUUGAUGCCCUCACCUCACGGAGAUGCCAGAGAGCGAUCCGCAGCUGGGUUGAGGUCUUCACGGCCACCGCGGUUGGCGUCUUCAUAGACAAGACAAUCCACAUCAACACCUACGACCAGCUCUUCGCCGCCGCCACCAACCCUGCCUACGGUGCCAGGCUUCAAGAGCUUUUCAUUGCACUCUGCAGCACCUCCAUCGAGACACUGGUGAAGACAUCCCAUGGCGUCCUGUCCAGUGCCAACAGUACCGGUGGAGAUGCCAAUGCCAAUGCCAACUCCGGCAGUGAUGGGGUUGGGGAAGGGUGGGUCGAGACUGUGUCAAGUGCUCUGGCGGUGCCGAGCAACCGCAAGCUCGUUCUGGAUUUGACGGGCAGGGCAACAUUUGAGGCAGUGCGGUCGUUCCUCGAGUUUGUGCUGUGGAAACUGCAUGCCAGCGCGAGGGCUGGAGGUGAUGCCACAAUUGCGGCGGGAUUGCGUGCCUUGAGGCUUAUGAGUGAUAGGUCAAUGGUAAUUGCCACGAUCUGCAUAGUAUUGUGCUUGCAUGUCUUGAAUAGCACAUGGCUCUUGGUGCCAGCUUGAGCCUGUGGAUAUGCCUUAGUUUUGAUUGAUGAUUGUAUCUUUAGUCGCAUUGUCUGUAUGAUUGUGUGCGACUAAUAGAGUACAGUAUACAGAAGCUGUAAAUUCAAAGUGGUGGAAAUGUGAAAUUGGAAAGAAAUUUGCUUGGUAAA